UACCUUCUUCUCCUACUUCGCAGCAGGUUUGAACCUCUGGCCGUGUGGGGCGAACUAAACGCAUCAUUUCGGUGGUAUUGUUUUAUCGCUCCAGCCUGCCUCUCUGUCCUUAUCUGUUUCGGGUCUUAUCAAACGGUUAUCUCUUUUGCUGUGAAGACAUAUUGCGUUUUGUUUCCUAUCUGUUGUGUGUGCGCGCGUGUGUGUGUGUGUGUGAAUGUGUAUGUGUGUGGGAGGAUAGGGAUUUGACACGGAUGGACCCCAGUGCCUCUUUUAAGAGAGCUUGAUGGGAGUAAUGGCAGUCACUGUGGGCUGGAUGUGUUUCACUGGACCUAGAGAUGACACCGAGGUAGAGUACUCCCUGAACAUUUUUGUUAACCCCUACGGUGUAUGGAAAGUGCUCCUGGAUGGACCUGGGCGAAAACGGCUGGUCCAUGGUCAAGCGAGAAGUAUCCAGCAGCCCAGGGUCACCGGCUGAGCAGAACUACCUGACCGGUGACAGCAGGAGGGACGGUCCCACCUCGGAUGAGCUGAGGACGCCUCCGAGCGAGCUUGACGCACUGGGACACCGCCGCCACGACGGCAGAUCACUACACUCCUACCUUCACUUUGGACACCAUAACAACACCCUGACCACUACGGAGGACAUCCCGCUGUUUACGGAUUUAGACCAGGGGAGCAAACUCGUCCUCUCCACCGGAGCGCACAAGGCGAGCUUGCUGGUGGACCCGACCGACAUGUACCAAACACUGGCCAUAGCGGCAGCCCAAAGCCAGACUGGAUAUGAUUCCUCCUCUGGAGGUUAUAUGCACUCCAACCCCAACUCCCCCGUGUAUGUCCCCAGCUCUCGAGUGGGUCCCAUGAUACCCAGCCUCUCUUACCUGCAGGCCAGCGGCUCCGCUCAGCCCAGCCACGCAGUCUCCAGUCACUCGGUGUGGUCGCAGUCCACCCCGGAGAGCCCUUCGUACAGCACCGGGAGCCCGCACACCUCCAGCCGUUUCCACUACCCCCCGAGCCCGCCCAUGAAUAACGGGGCGCCCAGGGACACCGGCUACGCCAACACACUGAACGUGAGCAGCAGGGACCAGUACAGCCUCUCUCGCCCCCAGAUUGGGUCCUACGCGAGCCCGUACUCUCCGUACGUUGCACCCCAGCUGACCUCGCCUUGGACCGGGGGACCAUUUGAUAACACGAUGCUGCACACCUUGCAAAGCAGAGGCGCGCCCUUGAUUCGAGGACCAAACGGAGUUUCAGAUAUUCUCGACGACAUGGGGGAGAGCAGGGAGUGCGUCAACUGCGGAUCCAUCUCCACGCCGCUGUGGAGGCGCGACGGCACGGGCCACUUUCUCUGCAACGCCUGCGGCCUCUAUAGCAAAAUGAAUGGUCUGAGCCGGCCAUUAAUUAAACCGCAGAAACGGACGUCGACGUCCAGAAGAAUCGGCCUUUCCUGCGCUAACUGUCAGACGAGCACGACCACUUUGUGGCGCAGAAACGCGGAGGGAGAGCCGGUGUGUAACGCGUGUGGGCUCUACACAAAAUUACACGGGGUACCUCGGCCGCUCGCCAUGAAGAAAGAAGGAAUCCAGACAAGAAAAAGAAAACCAAAAACUCUGAAUAAAUCGAAGGGGUCCUCUGGAAACAACAACUCUGUCUCCAUGACUCCCACGUCCACCUCUUCAUCCAACUCCGAAGACUGCUCGAAAACAAGCUCUCCCUCCGGACAGGUGUCAGGGGUGAGUUCAUCCGUCCUGUCCAGCUCGGGGGAGGGAACGGGCUCGAGCUCAGCGGUCAAGUACCCGGGACAGGACAGCCUGUACACCAGCGUGGGCCUGACCCAGUCAUCAGACGUAGCUUCAGUGAGGGGUGAACCCUGGUGCCCCAUGGCUUUAGCUUGAACAUCUAAAAGCCCAUCAGGACGGACAGAAAAUCGUUGGCCCCCCCUCCUCCUUUUUUUGUUUUGUUUUCUGGAUGCUUUGGAAGUAUUUGAGGGGCGAGUUCGUUUUCUUCCCUCUCAGCUCGCACGAGAAGGGUCGGACAAGGAAAAAAAAAAAGAAGCUUUGGCCACACUGCAAGCUUGAACCGAGCGUGGAAUAUCUGGGAUUGGGGGGGUCCAGGUUGGAUCUUGUUGCCUUAUAAAUAAAAACAACAUCAACAAGAAGGGGAAACGCCAGGCCAGACGAUCAAUAAGGCGGCCCGCCGUGGAUGGUUUCUGGACCUGCCGUGCACUCAGUAUCUCUCCCAUCCGUGGCGCAGAACUAGAUCUGGGUUCUUUAAAGAAAGCCAUCGUGUACAUAACGGAUUUCCUAUCUGAAGAAAAAAAAAAAAAAAAAAAAAGGCUGUUGAUUGGAUAUCAGUGCUUUAUACGGCGCUAUACUCUUUGAGGACAUUUAGAUUUUUUUUAUUUUUCCCCACAACUGGAAUCAUACCAUAAGUGCCGAGACAACUUUUAUGAAUCAAAAAAAAAAGCAAAAAAAAGAAUAUUUAUAAAUCUUCCAUUGUUGAAAACAUGGCUAUGAUUGUUAAUAAAGAUAUCAAUAUAGAGUAGAAGUUAAA